CUUCGAUCCUAAGAAAACGACUUUUCAUGAUUUCAUAUAAUAAAUACACAACAAAGUAAAAUAAAGAUAGAAACAAAUCGAUUUCACGAUUUUAAUUUGAAUUAAUUCAUAAUCCAUUUACAUAUUUGUGCGUGUGUGUGAGAGAUUAAAAUAGUGUGUGUUAGAAGAAAUGGCGGGGAGGUCAGGAUCGUCGAUGAUGAUGACGGUGACAAACACGCCGUCGAAGGAUCUAGCGUAUACAAAUUGCGCGUAUUGUUCACCGUCCGAUCUCCGUCAAUUUAUUGUUCCUGGAUCUAAACUCGCUUUUGCUCUCGUUGGUGAAGUCUUCGUUCUCUCCAUUUCUGCGUAUGAUACCAUACAAAGUGGGCAAAUUGGGCUUAAUGCCAUCCAACGGCGUUAUGCAAGAGUAUCUACAGGAGAUUCAAUACCUGUUAGCAGGUUUAUCCCUCCUGAAGAUUUUAACAUCGCAUUACUUACCCUUGAGUUGGAAUUUGUUAAGAGAGGGACUAGAGAAGAGCAGGUUGAUGCUGUUGCUUUAGCUCAACAGCUUCGGAAAAGAUUCAACAACCAGAUUUUGACAUCAGGACAAAGGGUAACUUUUGAGUUUCUUGGCAACAGCUAUAUCUUCACGGUCAACCAAGUUGCCGUGGAAGGGCAGGAAAAAUCAAGCGGUGAUAGAGGCAUGCUUUCUGGCGAUUCAUACAUUGUGUUUGAAGCCCCCAAUUCUAGCGGAAUAAAGAUUAUUAAUCAGCGAGAGGCUGCUAGCAGCAGCAUUUUUAAGCAAAAGGAUUUUAACCUUCAAAAACUGGGCAUUGGUGGUCUGAGCAAUGAAUUUGCUGAUAUUUUUAGAAGAGCUUUUGCUUCCAGGGUUUUUCCUCCACACGUGGCAAGCAAACUGGGUGUAAAGCAUGUGAAGGGAAUGCUGUUAUAUGGUCCUCCUGGUACCGGCAAGACUCUAAUGGCUCGCCAGAUUGGAAACAUGUUAAAUGGGAAGGACCCAAAGAUUGUAAAUGGACCUGAAGUGCUAAGUAAAUUUGUUGGUGAAACUGAGAAGAAUGUGAGGGACUUAUUUGCUGAUGCUGAACAAGAUCAAAAAACACUAGGGGAUCAAAGUGAGUUGCAUGUUAUCAUUUUUGACGAAAUUGAUGCAAUUUGUAAGUCAAGAGGCUCGACUAGGGAUGGCACAGGAGUGCACGAUAGCAUCGUUAAUCAGCUUCUUACAAAGAUAGAUGGUGUGGAAGCUCUCAAUAAUGUGUUGCUCAUUGGUAUGACGAAUAGGAAGGAUUUGCUUGAUGAAGCUCUUUUGAGGCCUGGUCGUUUGGAAGUCCAAGUGGAGAUCAGCCUUCCUGAUGAACUUGGUCGUCUACAGAUUCUUCAAAUUCAUACAAAUAAGAUGAAAGAAAAUUCUUUUCUGUCUCCAGAUAUUAACUUGGAAGAGCUUGCUGCACGGACAAAGAAUUACAGUGGAGCAGAGCUUGAAGGUGUUGUCAAAAGUGCCGUUUCUUAUGCUCUAAAUCGACAGAUAAGCCCUGAUGAUCUUACUAAGACGAUAGAUGAGGAGAGCAUUAAAGUCACAAUGGAGGAUUUCUUGAAUGCUCUUCAUGAAGUUGUUCCUUCAUUUGGUGCUUCCAUGGACGACCUUGAGCGCUGCAGACUCAAUGGAAUCGUUGAUUGUGGUAAGCGACAUGAUCAUAUCUUCAAGAGAACUAUGUUAUUAUCAGAGCAAGUUAAAGUUAGCAGAGGUAGCCCGCUUGUCACAGUUCUUCUGGAAGGUCCAAGUGGCAGUGGUAAGACUGCAAUGGCAGCUACUGUUGGCAUUGGUAGUGAUUUCCCUUAUGUGAAGAUUAUUUCUGCUGAAUCAAUGAUUGGCCUCAGUGAAGCCAGUAAAUGUGCACAAAUUGUCAAGGUAUUUGAGGAUGCUUACAAGUCAACACUGAGCAUUAUUGUCCUUGAUGAUAUUGAAAGACUACUAGAAUAUGUUGCCAUUGGACCUCGCUUUUCAAACUUGAUUUCUCAGACGUUGAUGGUCCUCCUCAAACGACUUCCUCCUAAGGGUAAAAAUAUGUUGGUGAUUGGAACGACAAGUGAGGUAUCUUUCCUGGAGUCAGUUGGUGUCUGUGACGCUUUCUCGGUCACUUACCAUGUUCCUACAUUGAAGACCGAAGAUGCUAAACAGGUAUUGCAACAACUUAAGGUGUUUUCAGAUGAUGAUGUUGAUGCUGCGGCCGAGGCCUUGAAUGAUAUGCCAAUCAAGAGGCUGUAUAUGGUGGUAGAGAUGGCAGCACAAGGAGAAUCUGGUGGAAGUGCAGAGGCAAUCUAUUCCGGCAAGGAAACAAUCAAAAUGUCACAUUUCUAUGAGUGCCUCCAAGAUAUUGUCCGCUACUAGUGUGGGUGUUUUCCACUUCGAUUUCUACAGAAACAGAAAACUGGAAUUUUGAAUGAUGGCUUGUAAUUUUUCCUCCUCGAAGUUACAAUGAAUAUGACCACUACAUAGUAUGGCAGCAGAGUUUAGAAAAAAGGCUAUGCGUUUGUAGCAUUCUUUUUAAAGCUUUGAUUGGAGAUGUAUACCCUAUUUGUGAGAUUUAUUUUUGGAAGGGUAUAUCAUUGAUGUAUUAGCUUCUACAUUUUACAUUAUAUUUGUUCAUUAUGGUUUUUGACUCUA